AUGGUUGGCAAGUCAGAUCUUUCUGAAUCUGUUCCUGAAGAGUCAUUUGAAGGAGUUCUGGAAGUACUGAUGGUACAAUUAUCAGUUCCUGAAGAGUCAUUUGAAGGAGUUCUGGAAGUAUUGAUGGUACGAUUAUCAGUUCCUGAAGAGUCAUUUGAAGGAGUUCUGGAAGUAUUGAUGGUACGAUUAUCAGUUCCUGAAGAGUCAUUCGAAGAAGUUCUGGAAGUAUUGAUGGUACAAUUAUCAGUAGGGGAGAAUGAUCUUUGA